AUGAAGCCCGCCACCUCGUCCCUCCGCCAUCUGAGCUCUGCGCCACGAGCGCACCUUUUCAGCUGCCGCUGGAUCAGCUCUACUCGUCCUCUCCGGGACACUUCCUCGAAAACCCCCCCUUCCCCACCCUCGUCUUCCAGCCCGUUCAGCUUCGGCGGUCCCGCCCCACCCCGCCUGCCCAAGGAAGAACAAGAGCUCUUCGAGUCGCUCCAGCGCGCAUCCACAGGCGCGUUCUCCACGCCUCGCACCCCGCCGCGCAUCAAUCAAUCGCCGGACUCGUCGGAGGCCGAGGCUGCGGAUGCGCAGACGACGGUAGAUGUGAGGGUGGAGACAAUGCGGAGUGCCAGUGGCGAGUCCGAAGUUGAGGGCGAGGGCGACGAGAAGGCGAAGAUGAGGGAGAUGUUUAACCGUGUCAUCGAAGCCAAAGGAAGAGGCGAGGAACUACAUCCCAAUGUGGUGAGGGGUGCGGAACCCGAGUUCGAAGGCGACGUCAACCCGAAGACGGGAGAAGUGGGAGGACCGAAGAACGAGCCUUUGAGAUGGGGUCCCGCGAGCGAAUGGACUUAUAACGGCAGGGCUACGGAUUUCUAG